AUGGAAAAAGCUAACAGAUGCAUGCCCAAAAUUUUCCAUGUCAACUGGUUCCGAAAAGGUGCAAAUGGCUUCCUUUGGCCAGGUUUCGGGGACAACGUCCGCGUUGUGGAUUGGAUAUUGCAAAGAAUUGACGGGAAAGACGUGGCCGUAGAGAGCGCCAUUGGUCUUAUUCCUCGUCCUGGGAGUCUUAACUUGGAAGGUCUCAAAGAAGACGUUGACAUGGAUGAGCUCUUCAAGCUUCCCAAGGAUUUCUGGCAAAAAGAGAUCAGAGACGUGAGCACAUAUUUCCAGAAUCAAGUGGGCGAAGAUCUUCCCAAUGAAAUCUGGGACGAAUUGUGUAAACUCGAAAAGCGCGUUGAAGAAAUGUGA